AUGAUCAUAUGGACAUGCCAAAAUACAGACAUAAAUAGACACAAAACACAAGAAAUAUCAAAGAUAGGCGCUGUUUUGCUGGAAUUUACAGUUUGCCUGUAUUUCUAUAGGAAAAUUCUUGCAAAAAUUAUAAUGGGCCGGUGGUACACAAACAUUAUUAAAAGAAGAACGCAUGUUACACGAAGCGAGGCACUUAUAUGCCUAAGCGUGGCGGAAGACGAGUUUGACAGGUUCUGUGUGCUGACAGACACGCACCCAUUCAUUGCUUCAAAGGAGGAUCUGACCAAUAAAAGCACGAAAAUACAGUAUAAGCUAGCGGACAUCCACAGAAUACGAGAGUCAGAGCCGUACCAGAAAAUGAAGCUGAAAAAAGAAAAUGCAAAGCGGCGGUGCAACUAUAGAGAUACAGGGAGAGAGUACAAGCUGGACUAUUUGUUAGAUGAAAAGAUAGACUAUGGCAGAAUACUGCUGAGCAAGUACCCGUCCUUUGAUGACAUAUAUGAAGACCUAGGGGAGGCUGUGACGAGUCUUAUAAUUACAGAGCGGCUGAUCAGAGACAAGAAAAGAGCAAAUCUAUGCAUACGGUUUGAGUCCGACAUAAUUACAAAGAUAUACAGAGAGCUUUCUCUCUUCUACCUCUACCUAAUGAUACACAGAAACUCGUAUAAAGUCUUCAUAGGAAAGGAAGGAAUCUACUACAGCACAGAAAUCAGCGGGAGUGAAAUAUUCUGGAAAGAAAGCUAUCCCUUGGCAGAUCCAGAGGACUCUUUGGGAAUAAACUACAAUGCAAUAGUCCAGACAGCCGAGUUUAACGCAUACCUCUUGGAGAAGGUAAACUUUAGACUGUUCAAGUCAAUUGGAGAAGAGUAUUUUGUAGAGUACAUUCGCUCACUCAGAAAGAGGUACACAGACUUCAUUGAGUACAUUCCAGUUGAAAUACAGAAUGCAAAAGAGAAUUUGCGUGAGAACAAUGAGUACAUGCUUGAGGAACACUUAAAACCCAAGGAAAAAGAGCCAACAACUGGAAGGUCGUUAAAGGAUGAGGAUGCAGAAAGAGAAGAAUUUGUGCAGGAAAGAGAUCCUGGUGCAUUCGGUCCAAUAGAUAUACUCAGCGAGUUCAAGAGGAUACCAAAGGGCCUGCUUAGUGCCAUUACAACAGAAAACAAGGGGAUUUUCUGCGGAGAGAAGGUCUUUCUGUGCAGCAGCACAAACACAUUAGAGCACUCGCUUACUAUGCUGAUAAUAUCAGGAGGAGGAGACAUAGUCAAAAGCGCAGAAGAAAGCACUCUUUACCUGUGCAGUGUAAUUCCGCAGAACUUCAGGGCAGAGUACAACUAUGCACACCCGCAGAUAAUCUAUGACAGCUGUAAUUUGGAGAUUCUGCAGUCGCACUCUCUAUAUAGGCCAGGGCAAAGCAUACCGCAGCAUGUCAGCCCGUAUAAAUCUAUGCUAAAGACAACCGAUCUGGACACCUUCAAUAUUUCGCAUAAGAAGAAGAGUACAAUAGAGUCUAUUAUAAACCACAGAAAAUAA